GAUUGGAAUCUGACAUGGCACACAGAAAAUCCAGACUUCACCCAGUGCUUUCAGAACACAGUCCUGGUCUGGAUCCCUUGCAUUUACCUAUGGCUCUGUUUCCCAGUGUACUUCUUACACCUUCGUUGUCAUGACAGGGGAUACAUACAAAUGUCGAACCUCAACAAAGCCAAAACGGCCUUGGGCUUAGUACUUUGGAUAGUCUGCUGGGCAGACCUUUUCUACUCUUUCUGGGAAAGAAGUCAAAAUAUUUUUCGAGCUCCAUUUUUUCUCGUGAGGCCAACAGUAUUGGGUAUAACAAUGUUGCUUGCCACAUUUUUAAUACAGUAUGAAAGAAUAAAAGGAGUCCAGUCUUCAGGUGUAAUGAUGAUUUUCUGGCUCAUCUCAUUGUCAUGUGCCACAGUGGUUUUUAGAUCCAAAAUAAUGCAUGCCUUAAAUAAGGGUGCUGAAGUGUAUGCAUUUCGUAACGUCACCUUCUGCAUCUACUUUGUCCUGUUACUUGUACAGCUCAUCUUGUGUUGUUUUCCAGAACGACCACCUCUGUUUUCUGAAACAGUAAAUGAUCCUAAUCCAUGUCCAGAGUUCAGUGCUUCUUUCCUUUCCAGAAUCACGUUCUGGUGGAUCACAGGGUUGAUGAUUCAGGGUUACCGGAGACCUUUGGAAGCCAAGGAUUUGUGGUCAUUAAAUAAAGAGGACAAAUCGGAGGAGAUAGUGCCAGGUUUGGCUAGAAACUGGGCAAAAGAGUGGGCAAAAACCAAGAGGCAGCCAGUGAACAUGCUAUACUCGUCCAAAAAGCAGCAAAAACCAAGUGGCUCAAAUGGCGAUGUGACAGAAGAAGCUGAAGCUUUGAUUAUAAAACCGUCUCAGAAGAGCUCUGAAGCAUCUUUAUUCAGGGUGUUAUAUAAAACCUUUGGACCAUAUUUUCUCAUGAGCUUCCUGUUUAAAGCUGCACAUGAUCUCUUGAUGUUUGCAGGCCCAGAAAUUCUGAAAUUGCUGAUCAACUUUGUAAACAACAAAGCUGCCCCAAAUUGGCAAGGCUACUUCUAUACGGGGCUACUGUUUGUUUGUGCCUGUCUGCAGACACUGAUUCUUCACCAGUAUUUUCAUAUUUGCUUUGUAACUGGAAUGAGGCUCAAAACAGCUAUUGUUGGUGUAAUCUAUCGAAAGGCACUUGUUAUCACAAAUUCUGCUAGAAAGACUUCUACUGUGGGAGAGAUUGUGAAUCUGAUGUCUGUGGAUGCUCAGAGAUUCAUGGACUUGGCUACUUACAUAAAUAUGAUUUGGUCUGCACCUCUGCAGGUGAUACUGGCACUGUACUUACUGUGGCAGAAUUUAGGUGCUUCAGUGCUGGCAGGUGUGGCUGUGAUGAUCCUUCUGGUUCCGAUAAAUGCUGUGAUGGCAAUGAAGACAAAAACCUAUCAGGUGGCUCAAAUGAAGAGCAAAGACAACAGAAUUAAGCUGAUGAAUGAAAUUCUUAAUGGGAUUAAAGUUCUGAAACUUUAUGCCUGGGAAUUAGCCUUCAGAGAGAAGGUAUUAGAGAUCAGACAGAAAGAACUCAAAGUCCUAAAAAAAUCUGCUUACCUUGCUGCAAUGGCAACCUUCACUUGGGUUUGUGCGCCUUUUUUGGUUGCCUUGUCCACGUUUGCUGUAUAUGUCACAAUAGACAAGAAAAACAUCUUGGAUGCUCAGAAGGCGUUUGUUUCCCUAGCGUUGUUCAACAUCCUCAGGUUUCCACUGAACAUGCUUCCCAUGGUUAUCAGCAACAUAGUAGAAGCCAGUGUCUCCUUGAAGCGCCUUAGGGCGUUCCUAUCCCAUGAAGAGUUAGAUCCAGAUAGCAUAAUCAGGAGCCCCAUCACACAGGCUGAAGGAUGUAUUGUUGUAAAGAAUGCAACGUUUAGCUGGUCCAAAGCUGAUCCUCCUUCACUGAACAGCAUUAAUUUCACUGUUCCUGAGGGUUCCUUGGUAGCUGUUGUUGGUCAAGUUGGCUGUGGAAAGUCUUCACUGCUGUCUGCAUUACUGGGGGAGAUGGACAAAAAGGAAGGCUAUGUGGUUGUCAAGGGCUCAGUAGCCUACGUUCCUCAGCAAGCCUGGGUCCAAAAUGCGACUCUGGAAGACAACAUUAUCUUUGGAAGAGAGAGGAAUGAGAGCCGGUACAAGCGUGUGGUUGAGGCUUGUGCACUGCUGCCUGACAUAGAGAUUCUUCCUACAGGAGACAAAACAGAAAUAGGAGAAAAGGGUGUGAAUUUGUCUGGAGGGCAGAAGCAGCGAGUCAGUCUUGCUCGAGCAGUUUACUGUAACGCAGACGUCUAUUUAUUUGACGAUCCGUUGUCAGCUGUCGACGCUCAUGUUGGGAAACAUAUUUUUGAAAAAGUUAUUGGACCAAAAGGAAUCCUGAAAAAGAAAGUAUGAUAUAAUGAGAUAC